GGGCCUGUACCCGCAGAGUGACGGGGCGCGGAGCCUGCGUAGACAUGAGAGGCGGGACCUAGGGGCAGGGCGGGGCCUGGCCCCGCUGAGUGACGGGGCGCAGAGCCUGCGCUGACAGGAGAGAAUUACCCUCUGUACAUCCGCAGCGCCCCCACGGAGAACGAGCUGAAGUUCCACUACAUGGUGCACACGUCCCUGGAUGUGGUGGACGAGAAGAUCUCCGCAAUGGGGAAGGCGCUGGUUGACCAGAGGGAGCUCUACCUGGGCCUGCUCUACCCUACAGAGGACUACAAGGUAUACGGCUAUGUGACCAACUCCAAGGUCAAGUUCGUCAUGGUGGUGGACUCCUCCAACACCGCCCUUCGGGACAACGAGAUCCGCAGCAUGUUCCGGAAGCUGCAUAACUCCUACACAGACGUGAUGUGCAACCCCUUCUACAACCCCGGGGACCGCAUCCAGUCGAGGGCCUUCGAUAACAUGGUGACGUCGAUGAUGAUACAAGUCUGUUGAGCGGGAAGCGUCCCAGCGGAGCGUCUGUGCGCAGCUGUCGGGGAGACGCCUGUCUGUCCCCGUUGCCUCCUCCCGCAUGCAACCCCCGCUGCUUGGGGGCAAGAGCUUCGUGCCUGGUGCAUCUGAACUAAAGCUCUUGUGAGAUGAAA